AUGGCUAGCCAAAAAUUGUUUGUGUUACUAUCCCUUGCAUGUCUCUUGGCAAUGACAAAUGUGACUGCAACCAGAGACUUGUACAUUAAGCCUGGACACAGGCUUGCAACAAGGCCUGAAACCAGUAGUGAAGGCUUAGUCCCUUGCUGGAAUGCGCCUUGGGAGCUCAAAUCCUGCCCAAAUGAGAUUGUCAUCUUCUUCCUCAAUGGCCAAACCGAUAUUGCCCCAGAUUGUUGCCGUGCCAUCACUAUCAUAACACAUCAUUGCUGGCCUGCCAUGCUCACUUCGCUUGGUUUCACAGCUGAGGAAGGCAAUAUUCUAAGAGGUUAUUGUGCUGCAGAAGCCUCAGUUCCUUCUACAGCUCCUCCUCUUGGCUUGCCACUGCCUCGGGCUUAG